ACUUACUGGCCGGCAGAUGGCACUGUUUCCGCCUCGCUCUGGUCACGUGACUUCCUCACGUGACUGUCAGCCGGAAGGAAUCAGCAGGAAGCUCGUCCCUCUCUGUUCGGAACAUCACUUCCUGUUUGGUCUCAGUUCUGGUCGGGAUGGGUUCUGCGGUGGAACGGACGGACAAACACGUCCGGGAGUAUCUGCUGUACCGAGGCUUCACCAGCACGUUGAAGCAGCUGGACAGCGACAUCAAGGCGGACAAGGAGAAAGGCUUCCGGGUGGACCGGAUCAUCGAGCAGCUGCAGCAGCUGGUGCAGAGCUUCGACCUGGCCGGGCUGAAGGAGUACUGGCUGUAUCUGGACCGGCGCCUGUUCUGCAGGCUGGAGGACGUGUACCGGUCCACCGUCAACAAGCUGAGAACCAGCCUGUACCGCUACUACGUCAUCAACACCAUUCAGAAAGGAAACCUGGAGAAGACGCAGGAGUUCUUCCAGAAGCAGGCGCUGGAGCUUCAGGGUCAGGCCGAGUGGCGCGACUGGUUCAUCCUGCCCUUCAUCCCGACCCCGGAGCAGAACCCGGCCUUCGGAGCGUAUUUCUCCCGCCAGUGGGCCGACACCUUCCUGGUGUCGCUGCACAACUUCCUGUCGGUCCUGUUCCAGUGCAUGCCUCAGCCGGUGCUGCUGAGCUUCGACGCCGAGGUCCAGAGGAUGACGAGUCUGGCUGAGGAGAACGAACAGCUCCGCCAAGUGCUGUUCGCCCUGCAGACUGAGAGCCGGGACCAGAAGGACGGAGACGAGGCGGUGCAGCACAAGCUGCCGCUGUACGUCCAGAACAUGGACCGGCUGGGAGACACUGAGCUGGACUUGGUGUCGAGUCAGCGAGUCGUCAGCGCCGCCGCCACGCCCUCCAGGAACUUCUUCUCCACGCUGCUGCCGCAGGCCAAACGGGCCCCGAUGAAGGCGCCGCCCACAUCAGGGUCCCCGAGCCAGGCAGCGCUGGGCAGGAAGGAGCUGCCAGCCAAUCAGGCUGUAAAGUCUAAGGAGUCGUCCCAGUCUAAGGAGGUAAAAGCCGCUUCCUGCCAGUCUUCGUCCAGCGAGCCUCCCAGUUCCCAGCCUCAGGCCUUGAACCACAGCAGCCGACACAGGAGGAUCCAGGAGCACGAGAAGGAGAGGAAGGAGCUGUUCUCCAGGCCGGCCCCUCAGCAGGCUGCAGAGAGCAGAGCGGACGACGUGGAUGCGACCGCAGCCAAGAGCGCGGUGGAGCCGCCGGACUCCUCCGGCAGGGAGGACGGCGGCCUGCAGGUGGAGCAGCCCUUCAUCAAACUGAGCCAGGAGGAGUACGGCGAGCAUCACUCCUCCAUCAUGCACUGCAGGGUCGACAGCUCUGGGCGCCGGGUUGCCAGUUUGGACGUAGACGGCGUCAUAAAGGUUUGGUCCUUCAACCCCAUGAUGCAGACCAAAGCCACCAUCAUGUCCAAGUCUCCUCUGCUGUCCCUGGAGUGGGCCACCAAACCAGACAGACUGCUGUUAUUAGGCAGCGGCGUUGGGACGGUGCGACUCUACGACACAGAAGCCAAGAAGAAUCUCUAUGAGAUGAACAUCGAUGAAACUCAUCCACGUAUUUUGUCGUUAGCCUGCAGCCCCAGCGGCUCGUCGUUCGUCUGCUCAGCUGCGGCUCUCAGCCGCUCUGGAAGUGUUGAUUCUGUUCCUCGGCUUCCCAUCCCGGUGUCCGGUCAGCUGCUGCUCUGGGACACCAAGACCGUCAAACAGCAGCUCCAGUUCUCUCUAGAACCAGAACCAGUCGCCAUCAACUGCACCGCCUUCAACCACAACGGGAACCUGCUGGUGACGGGAGCUGCUGACGGCGUCAUCAGGCUCUUUGACAUGCAGCGCUACGAGAGCGCCAUGAGCUGGAGGGCUCAUGACGGAGAGGUUUACAGCGUGGAGUUCAGCUACGAUGAAAACACGGUUUUCAGCGUCGGGGAGGACAGGAAGUUCAUCCAGUGGAACAUCCACCGCUGUGGGGUGAAGCAGUCGGAGCAGGUCCUGCCUCAGGACGCCACCGGCCCCUUCGUCCUGUCGGGGUACAGCGGCUACAAACAGGUCCAGGUUCCCAGAGGACGGCUGUUUGCCUUCGACUCUGAGGGCCAACACGUCCUGACCUGUUCCAGCUCCGGAGGACUCAUCUACCGACUGACCAAUGGGGAGCCGGCGCUGGAUCGGGUGCUGUCGCUGGGCGGACACAAGGCCCCGGUGGUGACGGUGGACUGGUGCUCCGCCGUCGACUGCGGCACCUGCCUCACCGCCUCCAUGGACGGGAAGAUCAAACUCAGCACGCUGCUGGCACAAAAGUCGUGACCCUGAAGGCGUCGGGGGUCAAAGGUCGACGUAAAUGGAUCACUGUGCAGUUUCUAAUGUUGUCUAACGUCUAUUUUUGUUUCAUUCAUCAUUAAAGUCUGACUUAAAGUUUCACCCUAA